CUCCUUCCUCCUAUACGAUUAGAAACAACGGUAACCAUUCAAAAUUGUUAACGCUCAUGAACUUCCACAGACACUUAAAAGUUCAAACCAAAGAUACUUCCAAAUGAUUUCGAUCGCCCACCCUCUCGUCCUCCACAACCGUCUUCUCCUCCCCAACAGAAACCCUAGCUUCUUCCCUUCCACUACCAGACCGGGCCCUAGCUUCACAAUCCGAUCCUCCUCCACUGUCCGAGAGAGAGAGGUAGGCUCGGAGCUUUACGCUUCGGCUCCGUUUCCCCCGAUAAAGGUCGCGAAGAGAGUGGUCCUGGUGAGGCAUGGCCAGAGCACGUGGAACGAGGAGGGUCGAAUCCAAGGCAGCUCCGACUUCUCGGUCCUCACCAGUAAAGGUGAGGCUCAGGCCGAUACAUCGCGCCAGAUGCUCAUCGACGACGCCUUCGAUGCCUGCUUCUCCAGCCCCUUGAUACGAUCGAAAAGAACGGCUGAGAUCAUAUGGGGGGCUCGCGAGGACGAUAUAAUUACUGAUUCUGAUUUGAGAGAAAUCGACUUGUACUCAUUCCAAGGCCUCUUGAAGCAUGAGGGGAAAGCAAAGUUUGGUGCAGCUUUUCGACAAUGGCAAUUAGAUGCUGCCAAUUUCAACAUAGAUGGUCAUUAUCCAGUGAGAGAGUUGUGGGCGCGUGCUAGAAGCUGUUGGGAUAAAAUCCUAGCCCAUGAAAGCAAGUCUGUUCUUGUGGUUGCACACAAUGCUGUUAAUCAGGCUCUCGUUGCAACAGCCAUUGGUUUGGGAACAGAGUAUUUUAGGAUUUUACUUCAGAGCAAUUGUGGUGUUAGCGUGCUGGAUUUUACCCCUCGACCUGAGGGUGGGUCACCAUUAAUUUGUCUAAAUCGUUUAAAUCAGACCCCAAAUUCACCCAUUGCUGCUAAAAGUUCUGGAGGCAGGAAAACAAGUGAGCGGAUCAUACUCGUCUGUCAUGGAGCUACACAAAGUAGUACAGAAGCUAGUGUCUCUAAUUCUGGGGAUCUACCAAUGAACAUGCUCGGGAUUAUACAGUCCCAGAAAACUGCAGAGCUACUCCUUGAUUUGAAAGUGAGUUCUCUAAUUAGCAGUCCUAAGAAAGCUUGUACUGAGACAGCCAUGGCUAUCUCCAGAGUACAAGAAGCUGCAGAUUGCUUGGGUGCUGACUGUGUGCCACGAUAUGUGGAGAUGAAGCAGAUUGAGUACCUUGAUGUUGAGAGCAUCCUUCAGCAAUCGAAUAGAGAUGUAACUGAGGUUUCAGGUCUUAAGUCUGGUUGGUUAAAUGAAUAUGAUGAUAGAAUCACAUCAACAAUAUGGCAUCAGUCUGAGAAGGCUUGGAAGUCACUAUUGAGUGGACUAUCCGAUGACGCCGAGCCGGAAAAAAUAGUUGUCGUAGUCGGCCACCCUGCAAUUCACAUAGCCUUGAUGGGACACUGCCUAAAUUUGACUAAAGAUUGGAUGGGAUCAUUUCAUCUUGAUGCAGGGAGCAUCAGUGUCCUUGACUUCCCUGAUGGACCUACUGGACGGGGUGUUAUCCGGUGCAUAAAUUACACUGCCCAUUUGGGGAGAUGGUCAAUACCCAUCACGAGAUCGAUUGUGGAUGAUGAAAACUUUUAACUGUAAAUGUAUAUAUGUAUAUAUACUUGUUAAAUUAACUUCGAAAAAGUUAUAUUUCCAUUCCCAAAUAUAGGAGUAUCAAGUUGGUUGUGAU